UAGAAAAAAACAUGUGUGAAUUAUUUUGUUGUGUGAUGGUGUAAAUAACAUUUUAUGUAGAGCAAAUAUGCCUAUGAUAGGCAAAUUCCCUUUGCGUAGAACAUUACGUUAUCUCAAAGAUGGGAAAGUGCAUUUAAUAGAUCGUGUACAGAUUUUCACAAUUACGUAUAAUACGUUUGGAAAACAGAGCCAAGGAGCUAGAGACUUUGUGUUCUACAACCUGCCACAAUUGCAGUACAAUAAUCCGAAGGUCCAAAUGCAAACACUGAAAAACCUCACACCAUCACCGUUUAUAAGAUGUUUCUUGGAUGGUAGUAAAGAAGUAUUGAUUGAUAUUGAUAAUUUCAGUCAAUCAGAAAUAAUUGAACGUCUUAAUAAAGUAUUGGGAAAAUCUGAAGUGGUCUUAGCAGCUGAAGAGUUGGCACGAAGACAGUUGGUAAACCCCGCCCACUUUGGAGAGCGUUUUGGCAGAAAGUGCAUGUGCGAGAUUCCUGGCCAGAUCCCUUGUCCCGGUGUGGUGCCACUUCCAGAUCAUAUGCGUGGUAAAUUCAUGGACUUGAAGGCUGGAAGUUUAAAAGCCGGAAAGGGACGUAUUCAAAUAAACCUUCCUGAUGCUUGAUCAAACAAUGUUGCCAUGGAAAAAUUUGAAUGAUGAAAAAAAUGAUGAAAGAAAAAACACUAUAAUAAAAAUUCAGCAAAGCAUGACAGUAAAACACAGCAGGCCCACAGCCAAUAUGUAGUAAUAAAAUUAGCAGGAGAAAGCUAAAUUACAAUGAAACAAGUUCUCAUAAUCUUGAAAGCUCUGAUGAGGAAAUUAUAAUAGAGAGAGAACAGCUAAAAAAGAUCUAUUAAUCAAUCAAAUAUUAAUCUAUCAGCCAAGUAUUUCUAGAGCUCCUCAUGUAGGCAGUAUAAUAGAGGCGGUAGAUCUGAAACGGAUCUAUUAAUCAGCCAAGUGUUUCUAGAGCUCCUCAUCAGAGCUAAAAAUUUCCAAAUUAUUUGACAUUGUGGAAUCCUGAAGCUUUGGUUUAUUUUUAAUAUUGGAGAAAAAGAACACCACCAAAAUUUAAUUUCAGAUUGUGAAUUAUUUUCCAAUAUCAAAGGCCACCAGCCAAAGGUACCCUCCCCAGUCAAAAUGUGGUGACUUAUGUUUUUCAUGCAACUAUCUUGGCAAAUGGUCCUGCAGUGUAGUGGAAGACUACUUUAUGAUGAUGAUAGAAGAAAUAAAUAUUACAUACUGUAUUUAA